GGCGAGUUCUCAUGGGCCAAGGGCGAGGAUAUGUCCGGCGCCGGGCUCGCCCCGCGCCCCGCGGGCAGUGGUCUGCGCUCGGUUUUGAUGUGCGAGGCCAUGGUGGAGCAGCUUGCCCGCUCGCUGAGCGGGGCGCCGCCGGGGGCCGACGAAAAGCCCCUCGACUUCGUCGAGGGCCUCUCCGCGGCGCCGGGGGCGAGCGCCCCGGAGUUAGCGACGGCUUCCCAGGCGACGUGCGCGAUCGAAUCCGAGCGUUUAUUCUUCGCAGCUCAGCGCGCCAUGAAUGGUCCUCCUCUCAAGUGGCUGCUGGAGUUCUGGCUCGUCGCCGAGGGCGACGGCGGCGACGGGCUGCAGGGCGGCGAGCCGCGCCCGCGCGGGCCCGAGCGCGCCGAUCUGAGCGGCCGAGCCCCAGACCUCCUCGGGGGCCGCGGGGCUCCGAGCCCAGGCCCCCUCGAGGACCGCCAGUUCUGCCGUCGCCCCCGCCGCGGCCCCGUGUUCGGCUGCCUCCGCGGCGGGGGCUCUGCCCUUCAGGCGCAUGGGUUCCUCUUUCUAGAUCUGUUCGGCGCGGGCGGCCCUGGCGAGAUCUACUCGCGCGUCGAAG